CCGGAGAAACGAAGGCCGGCGGCGAGGAACAAGAAGAAGAAAGCCAUGGUGGUGCGGAUCCGGCUCGCGCGGUUCGGCUGCCGGAACCGGCCCUUUUACCGUGUCAUGGCCGCCGAUAGCCGCUCCCCGCGAGACGGCAAGCACCUCGAGGUCCUCGGCUACUACAACCCGCUCCCCGGGAAGGAUGGUGGCAAGAGGAUGGGGCUCAAGUUCGACCGGGUCAAGUACUGGCUGUCUGUUGGGGCACAGCCAUCAGAUCCCGUUCAGCGUAUCCUCUUCCGCGCUGGUGUUCUGCCUCCACCUCCAUUGCUAGCUAUGGGCCGGAAGGGUGGGCCACGUGACAGAAGCCCUAUUCAUCCGAUGACUGGCAGCCCUUUGGAUCUUGAGGGUGUCACAAUUGUUAAUGAUCCCAAUGCUGCUGAAGGUGACGCUGAAGAACCUACAGAACCUUCAUUGGAGGCAUGAUAGUUUUUCUGUUGUGGAAUAUGGAAUUGUGCUGCAAGUCAAAAGAAUUUGUUUGUUGUGCUCCUGACAAGACUGUCACUCGUGGUUUGUUGGCCUUUGCUGCAGAGUUAGCCAGCCCAGCCGGCUUCUGACUACUACUGAUAUGAUCCCUUUCGAGUGGAUUUCUGCAUUCCUUUGGGAUGCUCAAGUUGACAGAUAAUCUUAAAGUGUUGAUCCCAAUCCAAUCCAAUAUAUGUAUAUGCUUGUAUGAUUAUUCCUGCUGUGUGAUCCAAAUCCAAUCGAAUAUGAUGGAUGCUUUAUUUGAUGUUGUUGCUUGAUUAUUAUUGAUCUAAAAAGUUGACAUAUAUUGUCUUGUGUGAUCUCUUC